AUGGAUACAUUAUUAAAAGGAUAUCACCUCCCAAAAGAGAUUAUGGAGUUGAUCAUUGGGCAUCUUGAUAAGGACAACGAUAUUAAAAACUGUCGUCUGGUAUGCUCAAAUUGGAACUUCAACGUAUACUCGAUCUGUUUCAAGCGUGGGAUUCAAGUAGCUCUGGGAAGCGCUAGUAGAUGUGAAAAGCUUAUGAAAGAUCUGGUCGAGUUCCCUCAGAUGGCUGCCAAAAUUCGAAAACUAUGUCUUAGCUAUAUUGAUGAGGACCCUAUAGACCCCGAUAUGUUUGUUUCCGUACUGGAUCAAUGCACCUACAUUGAGAAGCUCAGAUUUCGUAUAAAUCUAACCGGCGAACAGUAUUUGCUAGCAUUAUUUGAUAAAACACCACAUAUCUCACGUAUAAAAGAAAUCACUGUAGAUAACGUGCUUUACUGUUCUAGAUCAAUCCAAAUAAGCCAUUUGCUGAUCAACUUUGUAUACCGUGAUUCGAUAACAUUGCUAGAGAUAUGUGAUGUUAGAAAUGAAACGAUAAUAGAGAAUUCCGUUAGUGGGCCAAUGUAUAUCAGAUCAGCAUAUACGAAAAAUCCAAGAUUAGCGGCAACACUUCAUUCAUUAAAUGAAGCUUGUGAGACAUUACUCGACGUCGCUUCUAAAUUUUUCAACUUAAAGGUCUUGAAAUUACAACUAAGUUCGCUUAGUAAUAAUAUUGAUAUCACUGCUAUAAUGGCGACAAAUAUUCGUAAGCUGGAGAUAUUACAUAUUUUUGGCUCUCAUUGCAGAAUGGUUAUUCAAGACCCCCCUAAUUGGCCAAAUUUCAAUCUAUGCAACCCUAUAACAGAGCUAGAUAUACGCGUAUACAGAAUUUGCGUAAGCACUUUGGAAUGUAUCAUGACAAAAUUUUCAAAUCUUGAAAAGCUGGUUAUUAAAAUCCCCGAACAUUUGACUGAUUAUGAGAACUCCUCUUUUGACAUAGAUGAAUCUCACUUAUUGAUGAAUCAAUUCACUUCAUAUUGCAGUACCAUUAAAGAUGUAGAAGUUUAUAUGGUUUAUGAAACGUUUACUGAAGAUCUUGAUUUUUUCCCAAGACAAUUGGUUUCUCAAGAUGGUCAACUGUUUGACAUGGUACACAAUAUCAGUUCUUGUUGCUACCAUUUCAACGCACACCUUAAUAUGAGUGCGCUUAGUAUCAAUGACUAUGAUUUGGCUGAUCAAAACCUAUAUAUUCAUGGUGAUGGCGACGUUGAAUGA